AACGGAUGUGCCGCUGUAACAGGCCCAUGUCUGAAAAAAGCCCCAGACAGGCGUUCACAUUUCAGCAGAUAGGCAGCUCCACUCGAGUGCGUCGGCAAUUUUAAGACAGGUAAACACCUCUCUAGCAAGAUGGAGUGUGAGUGGAAGCCAGACGAACAAGGACUUCAACAAAUUUUACAGCUGCUGAAAGAGUCUCAGUCGCCAGAUACGUCCACACAGAGAUCCGUCCAGCAAAGACUCGAGCAGCUGAACCAGUAUCCUGACUUUAACAACUAUUUAAUAUUUGUUUUGACAAAGUUAAAAUCAGAAGAUGAACCAACACGCUCCCUGAGUGGGCUGAUCCUGAAGAACAAUGUGAAAGCUCACUAUCAGAACUUCCCCAAUGGCGUGUCUGAUUUCAUCAAGAGCGAGUGCCUCCAAAACAUUGGAGACACUUCUCCCCUCAUCCGGGCCACUGUGGGUAUCCUCAUCACCACCAUUGCCUCCAAGGGAGAACUACAAAACUGGCCGGAGCUUUUACCUAAACUCUGCCUGCUGUUGGAUUCUGAGGACUACAACACAUGCGAGGGAGCUUUUGGAGCCCUGCAGAAGAUCUGCGAGGACUCUGCUGAGAUUCUGGACAGUGACAUUUUGGAUCGUCCUCUGAACAUCAUGAUCCCCAAGUUCUUGCAGUUUUUUAAACACAGCAGUCCUAAGAUUAGGUCUCAUGCCAUCGCCUGCGUUAACCAGUUCAUCAUCAGCAGGACUCAGGCUCUAAUGCUGCACAUCGACCCUUUCAUCGAGAACCUGUUUGCGCUGGCAACAGAUGAGGAACCAGAAGUGAGAAAGAAUGUGUGCAGAGCUCUCGUGAUGCUGCUGGAAGUUCGCCUGGACCGCCUCCUGCCACACAUGCAUAACAUCAUAGAGUACAUGCUCCAGAGGACUCAGGACCAAGAUGAAAAUGUUGCCUUGGAAGCCUGUGAGUUCUGGCUCACUCUGGCAGAGCAGCCUGUGUGUAAGGAAGUGCUAUGUGGACACCUCUCCCAGCUCACUCCAGUGCUUGUCAACGGGAUGAAGUAUUCUGAGAUUGACAUAAUCUUGCUGAAGGGCGACAUCGAGGAAGAUGAGGCCAUUCCGGACAACGAGCAAGACAUCAGGCCACGCUUCCAUCGCUCUCGCACAGUUGCCCAGCAGCACGAAGGUGAUGGGAUCGAAGAAGACGAAGAAGAGGAUGAUGAACUGGAUGAUGAUGAUGAUACUAUCUCUGAUUGGAACCUGCGGAAGUGUUCAGCUGCAGCGCUGGACGUGUUGGCCAACGUGUUUAGGGAUGAUCUGUUGCUGCACCUGCUGCCACUACUCAAAGAACUGCUUUUUCAUCCAGAGUGGGUAGUUAAAGAGUCUGGCAUCCUCGUGCUGGGGGCUAUAGCUGAAGGCUGCAUGCAGGGGAUGAUCCCGUACCUGCCGGAGCUCAUUCCCCAUCUUGUCCAGUGUCUGUCUGACAAGAAGGCCCUGGUGCGUUCCAUCACCUGCUGGACACUGAGCCGCUACGCCCACUGGGUUGUCAGCCAGCCCCCAGAUACUUACCUGAAGCCUCUAAUGACGGAGCUGCUCAAACGUAUUCUGGAUAGCAACAAGCGAGUGCAAGAGGCUGCUUGCAGUGCCUUUGCCACUUUGGAGGAGGAGGCCUGUACAGAGCUGGUUCCCUACCUGGCUUUCAUCCUGGACACACUGGUGUUUGCUUUCAGCAAGUACCAGCACAAAAAUCUGCUCAUCCUUUACGACGCCAUAGGAACACUUGCGGACUCAGUGGGGCACCAUCUCAAUAAACCGGAAUACAUCCAGAUGUUGAUGCCUCCGCUGAUCCAGAAAUGGAACCAGCUGAAAGAUGAAGACAAAGAUCUCUUCCCGCUACUAGAAUGUCUCUCGUCUGUGGCCACUGCCCUCCAAAGUGGCUUCCUGCCCUACUGUGAGCCCGUGUACCAACGCUGUGUCAACCUGGUCCAGAAGACCCUCGCUCAGGCCAUGCUUUAUCAGUCACAGCCAGACCAGUACGAGGCCCCUGACAAAGACUUCAUGAUCGUUGCUUUGGAUCUUCUCAGUGGACUGGCCGAGGGUUUGGGAGGCACCAUCGAGCAGCUGGUUGCUCGCAGCAACAUCCUCACCCUCAUGUACCAAUGCAUGCAGGACAAAAUGCCAGAAGUGCGUCAGAGUUCUUUUGCCCUGCUGGGGGAUUUAACCAAGGCUUGUUUCCAACACGUCAAACCAUGCAUCGCUGAUUUUAUGCCCAUACUGGGUACUAAUUUAAACCCAGAAUUAAUAUCAGUGUGCAACAAUGCAACAUGGGCAAUUGGAGAGAUAUCAAUUCAAAUGGGGUCUGAAAUGCAGCCGUACGUUGCCAUGGUGCUGCACCAGCUGGUGGAGAUCAUUAACAGGCCCAAUACCCCAAAGACUCUACUGGAGAACACAGCAAUAACAAUUGGUCGUCUUGGUUACGUUUGUCCUCAAGAGGUGGCACCCAUGCUACAGCAGUUUAUAAGACCCUGGUGCACCUCUUUGCGAAACAUAAGAGACAAUGAGGAGAAAGACUCUGCAUUCAGAGGAAUUUGCACUAUGAUCAGUGUCAAUCCAGGAGGUGUAGUGCAGGAUUUUAUAUUCUUCUGUGACGCAGUAGCCUCUUGGGUAAAUCCAAAGGAUGAUCUCAGAGACAUGUUCUACAAGAUCCUUCACGGGUUUAAGAACCAGGUGGGAGAGGACAACUGGAGGCGCUUCUCCGAUCAGUUCCCCCUGCCACUGAAGGAACGGCUGGCAACCUUUUACGGGGUGUAACUGUUUCCAUAGCAGUGUGCCUCAUCACUGGGGUCAUUCACGAUGGGAGACAACAUAGGGAACCUCUUUUACCCAGGGAACAUGUUACCCUUUACUGGGGGGAAGGGUCUGCCUGCUGAGGGGAGGGAAGGGGUGCGGACCCCUCCCCGACCUGAUG